GCUUCAUUGAAUUAUUUGUUAAAUUACAGCGUCAUUAGUGAUGUUAACUUUUGCUCUGAAGAAUUUGCAACGGCGAUAAGGAUAUUAAAUAAAUAAUCCAAAUUGAAGUUUAAUCACAACGAUUUUCCUGAACCACUGACUUUUACUAUAAUAUAUUCAUUCAGUUCUCACGAGAAGCUAAGUAAUUUUUACCACAGCAAGGUUCGAUACUGUGUAUAUUAUAAAUAUUUUUCAAUAAUAUAAUGGAAACAUUGUUAAGUAUAAAACCUACCUCUAAAAUAUCCAACAGUAUGUCAGAUAUCAAAAGCCAAGAGAAACUAUCAAAAGAUGACCAAAUUGACUCAGAAAUUGAUAAACUUAUUGAAUGGUUAAAAAUCAUGCCACAUUUACCUAAUAUAAACGAUCGAGAAUGGUUGAAGAACUGUUACAUUGGUCGUAAAUGCAGACUAGAAAGAACAAAAGAAUCAUUAAACGGAUAUUUUUGUUGUAGAGCAACAAUGAAUGAGUUUUUUGGGGUACGUGAUCCUCUUGGAGACGAUAUUCAAACAGCAAUGAGAAAAACAUGGUUUGGGUUUUGCAAUAAUUUAACAGAUGAAGGCUAUCAAGUUUUAGUAGUAAAAAACAUGACAGACGUAGAUGUUCCAGGUAGAUACUUGGACUACUGGGUGAAAUAUUAUUAUAUGUCUAUGGAUUUAAACUUUAAAACGAUAAGCGUAAAAGGAGUGAUUAUAAUAUAUGAUAUGUCUAUUGCGAACAAGAAUGAAAUCCUCACCCAAAUGACGCCUACUUUUCUCAGAAAUUCGUUGGAUGCCUCAUCAUAUUUCCCUUACAAGCUAAUUCAAGUGCAUUUUGUGAAUGCUCCAUCAUAUUCCACGACAAUUUUCAAUUUGUUAAAGACGCUAGUUACAAAAAAAAUUCAGUCACGUAUAUUUAUGCAUCAAGAUCCAGCUAAUUUAUUAAAAUACAUACCCAAGCAUUGUAUUCCAUCUGAUUAUGGAGGUGAAGAAAAAUCAAUAAAAGAACUUGGAGAACAUAAUAAACAAUGUGUUUUGGCUGAGAAAGAUCUAUUUUUAAACGGUCUUUUUUCCCUAAAAGCUGACAUGGAGAAAAAACCAGUAGACACCAAUAGCAAUGAGCAGUCAAAAAUGUUUGGAUUCGAUGGAAAUUUCAAAAAAUUGAAUAUCGAUUAAUGUUUUUAUCGUUAUAGCAAUUUAGUAUUAUUUAAUAUCAUCUCAACUUUCUACAAGUAUUAACUUCUAAAUCUUAUAUACUUAGAUUCUUCUUAUGGAAGGACCUGUAUAUUAAAAUAGACAUUUUUUUAAUACCUAUUUUUUACUCAUAAUCCUUUUAAAAAACAUUUUUGUUAAAAAAUAAUUUACAAAUUUCUGGGGAAGCUUGUGCUCUUCAAGUCCCUACCUAAAUUUCUAAAAAAAAUUUUGUGCUGUUAAAAUAUGUCAAAUAAAGUUCAAAUGUUAUAUUUAUUAAAAUGUUUACUAAUACAUAGCAAUACCAAAAAAUUAUUAAUUAUAUUAUCUCAUAACAGUUAUAAUAAAAUUAUUUUAGUUACUCUAAAACUAGGUUGUGCUCAGGAAGACUAAUAUAAGACAAAUUGUUUAAAUAGAGUUUAUAUCAUAAUAUUUAAAAAAAUAUACGUCUGUACUGUUGAAACAAAUAACCAUAUACUUUUUUAAAUCAUGUAGGGAAAGCACGGACAAAGUGGAUAGCUUAAGUUUAAGAGCCAAAAGAAGUAUAGAAUAUUGAUACCAAACAUUUUGGCUUUGAUGCGAGAGUGAGAAUGUAUUUUAAAAAGUAAUUGUUAUAUAAAGAUAUCUAAAAAUUUUAAUUCUGUUCUUGAAAUUAAUUUUAUAUUCAUAAGUCAAAGUAAAUAUUUAUAUAAUUAAUCGAAUAUUAUUCACUUUGCUAUGGUACCACGAUAAAGUGAAUAUUUCAAUUGAUUUUAAUUUAUUUCAACAAAAUAUAUCUUGUUCGAAAUCCAAACACUAAUAAACAUUACAUUUUAAUCUUUAACCAGAAAGUUAUAUCAGUUUUAAGUAUCAAAAUAUUAACACGUUAAACAGUGAUUUUUAUAUGAAAAUACAAUUUUUGUUU